AAUAUGGUGGACGAAUUCAAGGUUAUUUUGUAAAAACAUUGUAAAAAACACGGUUAAAAUUUGUUUGAACCCAUACGAACUUUGGCACAAAGAUGGACAGCAAUAUUCGGAAACUUGUUCACGCAGCGUCGCAAGAUAAUGACGAGUCUGCAUUGUUUGAGGCUUACAGCAAGUUGAAGAAGGAAAGGCAAUCGUCAGAUGACAAAAUCGAUGCAGUUUCAUCGGAUCUUUUCGUAUUGUGCGCCGAAGCAGCGCAAAAGCAUGGUCAAUUUGAUGUCAUGGAUGACUGUGUAAAAAUGUUUUUUCAGAAGACUCCUCCCUCAAAUCAGUUUCUAUGUCGAGCUUAUUUGUGUCAAGCUCAGCUCAAUGCUCCAACUUCUUCUAAGAAUCCAGAGCAACUUGAUAAAGCAGUGGAAUCCCUAUUGAAGGCAAUUAAUUUUGCCAAAAAGAAUGUUAGAUACUACUUCUUGGUGUACAAUGCUUCAGUACUGUAUUGGCAGUUCUGUCGUCCUUUCCUUAAGCCCAACUAUCGCCAAUAUUUGGCUAAAAGUCUGCAUCAGGUUGUGAAAGCACUGGAUGAUAUUGAUGACAAAGAUUAUGGCUGGAGAGCUCAGCUAAUGAUUGCAUUGAUUGAAUGCCAUGUGGAUGCAGGACGUAAAGAAGAUGCCACUCAAAUCAGUAUUGCCACUUUGGCAUUCACUAAAAGUAAUGUUCCUUCAUUAUACACAACUGUACUAGGACUGCAGGUUCGUCAUCGACUGAUUGAUUUGUCAAAAGCAUCAAAAGAAGCAAGAGCUUCCAAUGAGUUGUACAUGUUCUACAAGAUCCAAAGGCUUAGAACCUUGAUUGAAGCAGAUGAAAAAGUUGACAUAGAACAAGAACUAAACAAAAUCUACAAAUCAAUAGUCAAGGGGGUGGAUGCCACAGAUCGAGCUAGUACAGCCAUGUCUACAAGUACGUCAACCAGCAAAGCCAGCUCUCCUUAUGUUGUUGGAAGUAAUGACAGGAUACCACUUCUCAUUGAGUUGGCCAGACUCUGCUUGGAGCAUGAUAGGCAUGAUUUAGCCUCAGACUGUAUUGAAAAUCUUAAAGGGGGUGUUAAGACUUCUGAGACAUUGCUGGAAAUUGAGUUCAUGAAGUGUGAGUUGAUGGUUCAGUCCCUUGGCAAAAAGAAAGAAAAUUACAGCAAAUCUGUGGUGGAGAGACGUAUUCAAGCAAUCAGAAAACUUGAACAAUGUAUAAUGACAGCUGUUAGAACCGGAAAUCCAAAUAUUAUACAGACAGGAUGUGUGACAAUGUGGAAUCUUACCCUGCCUCUUCUGCAGUCAAAUUUGCGACAUCAUGUGAGAAAGCCCCUUACCCUUGCUGCACAAGCCUUGGAAGACAUUGAUAGUUUGUUGGUUCUGUUACGAUGCCAGAUGCACACAGAACUGGCUAAAUGUGAAGAGGCUGAAGAUCAACUGGAGUAUGCUGUCACACAUCUAAGAAAGGCACUUGAACUGGAUGACUCAGGACAGUAUGGUGAUAGAUUACGCACUGCCCUGACAAGGCUACAGUUAAGAGCCACUCUUUACAAAACUCCUGAAAGGCCUGAAGAUUUGGCUGCUAUGAUUAUAGAGCAGGCGAGGGCUAGUGAUGACUCCAGCACAGUUCGUAUGAAGAGAGCUUCCUUAGUGAAGGCAGGGGAGGCGUUGUCACCGGAUGCCUUCAUGCAUGUGCUUGACAGUGAGAGUAAUACAAAGGACCCAUCUACUGGGAAAGGUCCACCUACUGCAUUAGGAAGAUUGGCUGGAAGAGCGAAGCAGUUUGAGAAGGGAGUCAGCAAGGCUGCUGGUCAUUUGAAGAGGCUGGGAGAUGAAAGCGAUCAAGAAAGAGUUCGUAUUUGGGCAGAUUUAGCCAAGACUGCGCGUAAACAGCAGGUCUGGGAUGUUGCCCGCGUUGCUGCUAGAUUCUGCCUUCUUUAUGACGACAAUCGUUGGUCGAAGAGACAAUCUACCAGCACAUCAGAGAAAAAUGGUGAAGGUAACACUGAGAGAGAUGAUCCAACAGGGAGUAAGUCGCCGUUACCAGGCGAAGUUGGCGGCAGACUUGAUGCAACAGGAAUGAAACUGUUGUAUCCCGAGGGCAUGACAGCAUUUACUGUGGAACAGGAUUUGUUGAGAACGCUGGCUGAAGUUCGUUUUAUUUUUGCUGAGGCUUUGGUACAGUUACUAAGAACUGAAGGAGUCCAACUGGGUGACAAACCAGUGCCACCUGAGGAUACCAUCAAGCUGCGCCCUAAGCGAUACGGUGAUCAGCUCGUCAAUUUUGAUGAUAUGCCAGAAUGGGUCUCCUAUUGCAACUGGAUUUCGUCUUUGUCGAAUGAGGUGAUUUACAGUUUCCAGCGAGCCGCUGAAAUCGGCGUAGAGCUGAAAGAGUCAUGGCUUGUUUGCAAUUCAGCUGUGUACUUGUGGAACUAUGCAACCCACAUGCUGUCACAAGGCAGACACAAGGAAGUCAUUCCCAUAUUCUCGCCUGUGUUGGAAGCAGUGAAGCUUACCGGACAUGCAGGUGAAACAAUAUUGUUGUGCCAAAUUUGUAAUGCCAUUGCUCAAGGUUACAUGCAGCCGUGGAUCCCAGCUCUUCCCACCCCUCCCACAGCAUCAGCCACACCCAGUAAAGACAAGAGUGAGAAGACUGAGAAAGUAAAGGGACGCCAGAGUGGGAAAGGGGCCAAGGGAGGACAAUCAAAAGGAUCACUACAGACAGUUACGAUCGAUCCUGAAGCUACACCCGAUCUGAAACAAGCAUUAGAUGUGUUGGAGUAUGCAUUAAACACAACUAAUGGCCAAGAGCCAAAAAACCUAGUACCGAUCGGUGCUCGCCAUCCCUUAAUCACUUCCUGGGUGUUCUGUAAGCAGAUGUUGAAUCAGCAGAUGGCAAAGAAUCUUGGUCAUGAUGACGAGAAUCCCCAUAGCCAGGGCCCGAUGUGCCGUGCUCUGUGUGCAGUUGAGAUGCUGUCUCUACAGAACAAUGGCCUCCCAGAAUUCACUGGUACAUGUCCUACUCUUGCCGAGACUGUGAAAAUGGUAGAUGGCUGCCAGUGGAGUGACGGUCUGGUAGAGUUACAGAUGUGGAGCAGGCUGUCGGUGUUGGCUUUCAAUGCUGACAAUCAUUCACUAGUGCUUCACUGUGGACAGAGGGCUGUGGAAUUUGCCGACAGUGAUAAAUGCCUAGCUAAGCGACAACCCAAGAAACCAGAUAGCACAUUUCAGCACAAACUUGUGGUAGAGCAGGAGAUGUUGUAUUACGCUAGCGUUGUGAUGGGACAAAGCCUCAUGAAAAACAUGCAGGGAAAGAAUGAGAUAAGGAGAGACGCACUAGUCUGCUUUGUGAAUGCAUGCAGGUUUGGGCAAAAAGCUGGAAACUACGAUUUAGUGAUUGCUGCUGCCCGUCAUUACUGGAAUGCUAUUAAGCCAUUCAUUGUGGAGCCCAUCGAACGAGAGCUUCUCAAAGAGCCCAUGGAAGCUGUGUUGGAGUGUAUCGCUGCAGUUGCUGCCAAUGAAGUAGGAAAAGAGGAUGACGAUGAAGAUGAAGAAACAGAAUCAUCAUCCCCAGAAAAGAAACCUUCGAAGAAACCCGUUAGCAGCAAGAUCGAGAAAGAGAAGAAAACUAAAGAUAAAACCGGGGGAGAUAAAAAGAAGGAAAAGGACAAAGACAAAGAUAAAGGCAAACCUGGAGACAAAACUGGAAGUAAAGGAGUUAAGACUGAGAAACAAGAUUCAAAAGAGAGCAAGUUGGGUGUAGAACAGGAGGAAAAACCUCCAGCGAUACCAAGCGCUUAUGAUGAGGAUCUGAUGCUACGUGCUGCCAUGUACGGAGUGUUGUUCCAGGCUUAUGCUGACAAGGGUGAGUGGGAGCAGGGAUUACGAGCCAUGGAUCAAGCUGUCAAGGACAUGCCGAGAACUUCUCACAGACUGUUGAUCUUUAAACAUCGAGUCAUCACAAAAGCAAAGCUUGGACGAAAUGUUGUUUUUGAUAUGGGAAAAUUCAAGAAUGAAAAAGAAGAUGCAAUUGCAGCCAUGUGGCGACAUGUGGCACUGAAUUCCAAGGCUCCAGAGGAUCAACUGUCUGCUUACCAAAAUGCUAUCGAAGCUCUUGAGAAUCCAGAGAGUGACUGGCAAAAGGUAGAUUACUUGAUGGAAUUUGGAGAAUGGCUAUUUGUCAAUGAGUAUCCGGUGGAGGACGCUUUGGAUCAGUUCCUUUGGGCAUCUGAUAUUCUGCUGAACAAAACCUCAAAUAUAGAAAACAAGCAAGAUGAUCACAAUGAUGUAAGGAGUGAGAGCGGGAGCGAGAUAGAUGCGUCUAAAUAUGUACCAGGGGAGCACCGCUCAGUCAUAGGUGUGCGCCCCUCAGAAGUCACCGUGCAGGUACAAGACAUCAUUGACAUCAGACAGCUGGAGACGUUGAUGCGUCUUCAUGUUAUGCUGGCCCAAGUCGCUGGAAACUCGUCUCCACACUCUAGGGACUAUGUGCUGUUAGCUUACGCCUUCCUCCACAGGAUAUGGCAGGUUUCAAUCUCUUCAGCUGAGCGAAUACAGAAGGAAGGAGGAAAACCGGGGGAGAUAGCUCAAUCUAAAAAGGGCAAAGACAAAGGGAAGGAAGCUAAAGAGUCUCAAACAAAAGUGGAUAAAUCGACAGUGAAGACAUUAUUUCCAAGCACAAUAGAAGGAUGGGCUACUUUUGAACUUUCGGAAAAGCUUCAGGAAUAUUUCAAGUGUGACAUCACAGGGACAAUGAUUAAUAAAGCAACCUUCUUGAAGCCGAUGCUGAGUCUGUACUACAUGCAAGCGUUGUUCCGUGAUCUACGUGACCUGGGAUAUCACCAGUUAGCGCUACCUGUUGUUGCGAUGCAACAGCUCAUAGCGGACUUGGUAUUUGACAAUAGCCAGUUAAAGAAACUUGUUCAUCUCAGAGCCUUGGAAUUAUGUCAGGAGCUAAACCUACCCUCGGGCGUGGCCUAUCACGAGAAGUGUGCUGGCCGCAUGUUAUUGACAGAGCAAGAGCAAGCCAAAUCCCGAGAGGAAAUCGAGAUGUGGAAAGAAAAACAGCGCCAGGUGAAAGCCGAAGAAGAAAAAUCCAAAAACAACAAAAGUGUCAUGUCUGAAGCUAGGACAUCAAAUCUAGUAAUCAGACCUCAGGCGCCCGGCGCAGCGGAUAUUGUUGAAGAGGAGUCGUGGAACAAACAUAAAUGGGUGAUAAGUGACGUGUGUUAUCGAGAAUUAUGGACUGAGCAGGCUGAAAUACUUAUCCGGCAGGGUCAGUUUCUGCCGGCUCGACAGCUAUUAAGCGAAGCAAAUCUGUCAGCAAGGGCGUUUGACGACAAGCGAACUCUUGCUAACAUUCUGGUGCAAUUAUCGGUUAUGGCUUUAGCAGAGUCAAACUGGGGACAAGCUACUUCACUGUUACUUGAAGCGCAGAAACUUCAUGGAGAUCAAAGAUUUUGGCUGGCGACUACGUUGCUGCUGUGUGAAGCCUCGUUAGCUAAAGUCGACAAGAAUUCCACCAUGUUAAACACGCCAGACCCUCCAGCUAAGGACAGGGCACGCAAUAUUUUGUUACGUGCAAGAAAUGUUUUUCGGGACUUGGCUGAAGACAACCCUAAUAAAGCCAAUAUGGCGGAAUACAUCGAAGCGGUCCUCGCAGCGAGGCUGGGUACUUUACUGUCUGAUCACGCUGUCAAUGAUCCUCAUUUGAGAAAGCAAGAAUAUGCCCGCAAGGAUUUGAUUAUCGCCUGCAAGCAUCUGUCCCGUGCGGCGGAAAAACUUAGCACAUUGGGUCGCAAACGAGAGGCUGUUAAGGUCAUGUUGAAACUUGUAGCCAUCAAGAGAGCCUUUGCUGAAGAUAGUAUCACCCCUGAGGAAAGACAAGACAAUCUUCUCGAGGCCUUCGAUAUCCUGAAAACAGCUGUAAGUCUAUCUAAUGCUGUGUUACAUGAUGUCCAGUCCGUUUCCAGUCUGUCAGAGCUCCGUAACCUAAGCCUGCCUGUUCAGCGAGAGGCAGUAGACGCAAAGCUUGUCAUCUCAAAGCUGAUGGUUGACAUGUUGAAACUGUUUUCAAGUGAAGAUCGAGGAAAACGAGAAUUAGAGACACAGAAGGGGAGCAUCGAGAAGAUGAUAGACGACUACGUUGGUGUGGAGCCCCCGCCAACUGAGAAACAGAGAAAGUGGCGAGAAGUAACGAGAACUCUCGCCGAGGAUACUUUGAUGCAGCUAUCUAUGGCGCAUGGCCUUACGGGUAACGUGGCAUAUCUCCGGGCUAAGACACUUUACAUACUUGGCUGCUGCCUGGGUGUACUAGCGGCGCACACGGCUCCUGAUUCAGAUACCCAGUGGAAAGAACUAGAGUUAUCACACGAUGAAGAAGAAGAAGAAGACAGAGCAGCCAAGCCUUUAAACCCGACCGUUGAAGAAUCUGCAACGGGUGACCAGGGCACUGGCGAUACGGAAAUAGAGGCUUUUCCGAAUCCAUCAAGAGAGUUUAUUAAACUCACCAAUCAAGCACUUCAGUUAAAUGCUGAAUUUUCAACUUCUAAGAGAUAUCUUAGCCAAGCAGUGGAAUGUCUGUCACAGUGUGUACAGAUGGGACUUAAACACGGCUUCAAAGAUAUUGUUUGUGAGGCAGCUCGUGAACUGGUGGAUUCUAUUGGCGCUCAUGAUCCACUCACCUCCUCGCAAUAUCUGGCACUGUUUCAGAGUUGCCAUGCAUCUCAGGUUCUGGAAGGGGUAUUAAGACGAGUUCAGCAGGACCCUUCUGUGUCGCGUCAGGCAGCCUUACUACACCAGAGAAAACUACUUACUAACAUGGAGUUCUUGAGUGAUACAUCAUCGAGUAUUUUGGCCUCAAAUUCUAACCAUCUUGCCGACUGUGAGGCUUGGCGGCGGUUAACAAUCACAAGAAGUCACUUAGAACUGACUCGUGAGUUUUCAAGCAUGAAUACUCAGUUUGUCGUGCUCCAGCAUUCUCCCGAUAGAUGUUACCUUUAUGGAGCUGUGCUGGAUAAGGGUCGAUCUCCUAUACCAAGCGGAAAAGCCAACAAGCAGGCAUCAACUCUUCCCGUUCCCUCAAAGGCCAUGAUAACCCGCGCAGCUGUGAGUGCAGUGGAACUGGAGCAACUUAUUGAAGAGUUCAGUCAGUUCAAAUCUGACACUGCUUCCGAACUCAUGAGACAAACCUAUGUUAGAAACCAACAGGAGCAGAGGAGAAAGAUGUUGGCGAAACUUGAGGACAACAGUCUACAGGCGGAGAGUCAGGAACUGUUGCCGAUUGAUUCUAGUUUUGCUGAAAAAGAAUCUCAGCUUGAGUCGCAUUUUAGGGACGUUGUGGCAGCAGUUGAAGCUUACCUAGACCCUAUCUUAACUAAACUACAUCCAGCUUUAAAUCCAGACGCGGUUUCAGAGUCCGUUGUUUUGUUAGCUGAUGAAUGGCUGCUUCAGUUACCUCUGGAGGCUCUUAAGACUUUUGCUGUACCCCAAAUUACCAGCAUAUCACGUGACUUCUCUCUACAGUUCCAUUAUCAUCGCGUGCACCCGGCUGAACGUUCAGAAAGUACAACUAAAGUCACUGGAAAAAUGGGCAAGAAACCUGACAAAGCGAAAUCAGAUAAGCCAUCAACAGCGAAAUCAGGACAAAAGAGUGAGAAAAAGGGAGGUAAAGAGGUUGGAACUGGUGUUCCCAAAGAAGGUCCUGUGGUUGAUUUUAACGGAAUAAGAUACAUUGUCGACCCUUACAACGAAUGCGACGAGGAAGGUGAUGAUAACCCGUGUAAGGUAAUUAAUGAUGCCGUCGCCAAAUACAAAAAUUUUACAGCGAAGUGGAAUGGUAUAACAGGAAGUGACCACCUUCCGAGUGUGGGUGAAUUUCAGCACUUUCUGUCCGAAAGCACUGGCUUUAUCUUCUACGGCACCGAAAGAUAUCUGGGUUGUCUGCCUCCUAAUAUGCUUGCACCCAUAAAUGUAACAGACUGUCUCUUGGUUCUUCUGCUGGACUUGGUUCAGACAAGCCAGAGUUUCCUCAGACAGGGAAAAGAUGAUGCCACUAAAGCUGUUGGUGAACUAUGGCUGGAGCGUCCACUGGAGACUGCUAUGAUGCUUUCUUUAGUAGGUGUGGCUGGAGUUGUGUCAAAUCAGUGGCACUGCCAGCUGUCUGACAAUAAACAAAAACUUGAUACCUACCUCAGUGGCAUGUUAGAAGCAAGUAAAACAGUUGGACAAGCCGUGAGAGGCUUGGCACAGUUUCCCAAACAACCCGAUGUUGUACCGGAAACUGACGCUGCAUCUGAUAGAGGCUCAAAAUCUGGGCGUCAUGUCGACAUAGAAGGGACUGGUGACGAGCAAACAGCUGUGGAAGAGGAAGGGACUGGCGGAAAAGAGGAAAGAAAUAAACCUUUAUCAUUCUCAAGACACUGGUUUAACACAGUGUUGUAUGGUGCACCUACACUUCUACUGAAUCCGCCCAAAGGGUUGUAGAAGUUGACUCAAAACCGACAACUAGUUGCUCCGGCAAACUUUGCUUGUCAAUCCAGUGUGACUUAUAUACUUUUUUGCCACAAAAGUCGUUUUCAACGACUGAUACAAGAUUAUGUAGACUGUCGUUUGUAAAAUAAGAGAGUCUUUAUUUAACAACAUAAUCAGUAAUGAGUUUGAUCUGUUACAAAAAACAACCACAUCCAAUCAACCGUGCCGCUCGUAAUUUUAUUUCCGAGCGAAUCUAUUUAUUUAAGCUUCGAUUGACAAUUUUUUUUCGGAUUUGAUUCAUUUUUUAUGGAAAUUAUUCGAGGUGGCAACUGUUCACGUUUGCUUCAUUUUAAAACGAGAGGAAAGAAUGAACGACCCCUCAAAAAUGAGGUUUGUAAAGCACCAGCGUUCAUUUGAUGUAAAUAAUUUGCGCCUUUACACAGGAACACCUGUGAACUGAGCAGCUGGAUUCGCACUCAUAACCUGCGGGACAACAGUGCUUCCCGUCAUUACACGGGAUGGCCUCUGGGUUGUGCAAGCAACAGCCCUUUCCUGUUACAGAGAACAGUGAAUCACAACACGUGCUAUUAUAAGGACACACUGUCACCACUUUACCAGACUUGUCCUCGCAAGUAACAGGAUUUCCUCUCGCUGUUUGCUGAAAAAGAGAAGCAAUGAUUAAUAUAGUACCUUUUGCAAAAUAAUGUCCAAUGGAAACGAUAUCUUGGCUGGUGUGGGGUUUAGAUUAAGAUGGGUCAUGUAGGCUGACGGUUAUACGCAAUUAGCAAUGCUUAAUCUUUCAUUUGUCCUAUGGUCGCGACAAGACGACAAAACGUCCUGUAAAAUAUCAACAAUUGGCACAAUUUGACUUAAACGUUACUGAACUUAAAUAAUUAACAAAGUUGUUCCUUUGAAUGUUGAUUACAAUUUACUCCUGAACGAUGUAUUAUAACGAAUGACCAUAACCAAGAAGGAAUAUUAUUACAUCGCGGGCAGUGCCGGAGGGCAAUAUGAAGCGAAUCCUGUGCUCUAAUUGGAUACCCGAGCGGGCAUGAUAGGCGGGAUUACCCGCUUUGAUCCUGCGCAAAAAAAUUACCUGGAGUGGGCACACAAAGUUUGUAAUUUUUUGAGUAUGUCGACGGUAGAGUCAAAAGCCGACAGAGCACAGUCAAAACAAAGAAAACAUAAACGACUCCCGUGGGUUUAUUGUGCUACAAACAGUUGGCUUUCUUUCCUGUCUCUCGAAAUAAGCAAAUCAUGGUUCGUAAUAA